AUGCUGAUGUUCCUGAGCCUGCUGACUCUCGAGCGCGACGUCGAGCUGGCCGUUCACGAAUGUGGCGACCUGAUCAAGGCCGCGCUGGACAAGCUUAUCAACCGGUACGGUGACUGCUUGGGCAAGGGAGAAUCCGGCAACAAACUCAAGGACGCAUACAAGAAGAUUGAGUUCACAUUGCGGGAGAAGGAUGACUUGAUCGGUCUGAGGAGGAAGCUCUCCGAGACUACGGCCAGGAUCUCACUCUUGUCCGUUCUCGCCGCUACGCAUCUGGCUGGGGCGGGCACGGCGGAGAUACUUGCCCGUAUUGAUUGUGCUCGAAAGUCUGCAUCAUCAGAGCAAGAUCGGACCAAUGAGCGGAUCGAAUGGCUUGUGCUAACCGGCGCGGGCGCGGCGGCGACACUACAACGCAUCGAGCGUGCUCAGCAGGAGAUCUCUGUCAGGCAAGGCCAGGCUCACGAACAGGCCCAAGCUCUCGUCAUGUCCUCUCAGGUAGUCGCAUGCUUGGCGCUUGGGAUCAUCGUGUUGCCCCUGAGGCAGCUGGCCCAGGGCGUGACCAACAUUCCGGCCUCGCUCUUUGGGUGGAUAACCCUGGACAGUCUGAGGCUCGACUCGACAAGGGGUCUUCCGGUGCAUACAGAAGAUGCUAUGGGGAAUCCAGUCGACCUCCAGCUCCACUGGCUGCAUGACUGGCGGAAUUUUGAUUAUAUGUUAUGUAGGCGGUUUGAAGAGCUGAGACUGGCGGGUAUCGAAAAGCCCAAAAACGGCAGAUUGCGCUAG